UCUUUGCCUCCUUCCCCGCCCUAUCCUGUUUCCUAGCAGGGGCCCCUGGAGCUGGGCGGGAAGAGGCAGAAGAGCAAUCGCCCAAGUCUCGUUUUUCUCACGGGUGGGGAAAAAAAGCAAGCAAGAAAAACAAACAAACACACCGAUCAGCAGUAACAGUAACGUGGCUGAAAGUACUUUUUUUUUUUUUGCAAAGGCGAAUCCGACGCGCUUACUCUAGAGUAACUCCGUCGCAAGGGCAUAAAAUAUCUCUGCCCAGCCGUAAUAUCAAAUCUCAGGUAUCAGGCAGUAAUCUCCCAUACAAUAAGACAAAAUAAAAGAACAUGGAAAUGUCAAAUGAAACUAAGCCCACAUCAGCACCUCCAGAAUAUUCAGGUCCAGCGUAUUCACUUCCACAAGUCCAAUAUGCUCAGUGUCUACCUACAUUUCCAGUUCAAGCCAAUCCACCUCCACCCAUCAUCUGGAUGCCGCCACAACCUCAGAUCCCCAAGUGCCCUCGUGGAUUGGAAUAUUUAAGCCAGCUUGAUCAGAUAACAGUUGCACAGCAGAUGGAGCUCAUGGAAAUGAUAAGUGGCUUUGAAACUUGUAAUAAGUACGAAAUAAAAAAUGCCGUGGGGCACUGGAUAUACUUUGCAGCUGAGGAAAAUGAUGACUUCAACCUGAAUUGUUACGGCCCUUUAAGAUCGUUUACCAUAAAACUCUUUGACAGUACAAACCAACCAGUAAUGCAAUUGUCAAGAGAGUUCCAUUGCUCCAGUUGCUGCUGUCCUUGUAUUUGUUGCCUGCAAGAGCUUGAAGUUCAGGCACCUCUAGGCAACGUCAUUGGAUAUGUGAAACAAAACUGGCAUCCAUGCCUACCAAAAUUUACUAUUCAGAAUGAGGCCAGAGAAAAUGUUCUUAAAAUUACUGCACCUUGUGUGCCUUGCCAAUGCUAUCAGGAUGUUAAUUUUGAGGUGAAAACUGUGGAUGGGAAAUCUACAAUUGGAAGCAUAGUAAAAAGAUGGACUGGUUUAGCAAGAGAGGUUGCUACAGAUGCAAGCUUUUUUCAUAUCCGCUUUCCAAUGGAUCUUGAUACUAAUAUGAAAGCAGUCAUAACAGGGGCUUGCUUUCUUCUGGAUUUCAUGUUUUUUGAACGGGCUGCAAACAGAAGAAAUCAAAAUAGACGUAGACGUUAGUUCAAAUCAGGACAUUAAGAGUCUUAUCACACUGAAUUAAGCCUGCAGGAUGAAUUUUAUUAAUAAGUUGCUUAUUUCAAUGUUUACAAUCAUACCUUUAUCUAUUAUACCAUAUAUGUCAGAAUAUUCCAUAUAACUCAAAAUAUUUGUCAAAUAUUGAUAUACGGUAUAUUGAUAUCCCUAUAUAAUAACAAAGAUAUAGUAUAUAAAUUCAGCUAAUUUUCACUCAGUAAACAGUUCUACUCCAUUUGCCAUUUUUUUCCUGCUCUUAUAUAUUAAGAAUUGCCUUAUUAUGUCUUUUUUAUUUUCUGUAAUUACUGUGUAUUAUGUUGCAGUAAUAAAAUGAACCAAAGUGGGUAUCUCAAUAUUCAGACAAUAAACUGACAAAUUCAAUAAAGUUGAUAUUUUC